AUGUCAAUGAUAAUUCCCGGAAAAGAAGCACCAGGAAAUAAUAUUAAUGUCUACUUACAACCCUUAGUCAAAGAGCUGAAAGAGUUAUGGACAAAUGGUGUGGAUACAUACGAUUCUUUCAAGAAAGAGAUGUUCAAUUUGCAUGAAAAUUUGAUGUGGAUGAUUAGUGACUUUCCAGGUAUGGGCGCACUUUCUGGGUGGAACACAUACACAGGGCCUGCUUGCCCAUCGUGUAACUUUCAAACUACACCUCUCUGUCUUAAAGCUAGCCAUAAAUGGUGUUUUAUGGGUCAUCGUCGUUUCCUUGAUCGGAGACACAGAUUUAGAUUGAACAGGAUCCGCUUUAAUGGUGAACAAGAAAUACGGAAUCCACCGAGAACAUUAUCUGGACAUGAAGUUUUUGAACAUGUUAAAGAUAUUGAAGUCAUCUUUGCUUGCUCAAUUUACUCUUUUUCAUGUGCAGGAAAAGUUACAAGCUGCAAUUAA